GUUCGUGCGCAGUGACCGACUUUGUGUGUUCGCUGGCGAAAAGAAGUGUAAGUUAACGUGUUAAAAUAUCAUGAACGUUACGGAAAAGAAAACAAUAUAUGUUGCAGUAGUGCUGAGAACCUGUUCUUUAUCUCACUGAUUUGAUAAAAACAGUGUUGCAGCACUUUUCAGUCGGCUGACACCGCAGCGAUAGUGCGACUGGGUCACGUUUUCCACUGGAUGCCGGCUGGUGUGGAUCAGCUGAUCGAAGCAGGACCAAGUUGUGAGACCGGCUAGAACAGCUCUCACAGUUGCAAGGCCGGGUCUAGACUGACAGAAAAACUAAGUGACUUCGUCUGAGAAGAUCAGGAUCAUUGGAGGGUGGAUGGCAGAUGAGGUUGUGCUUACCAGCUUGCGAGACGUAGAAUCCCUCCGAUUCUUUCAUGUCGUGUGUCAUCGCGACUCGGCCGCUCGCCGGCUGGGUAUAGACUCUGUGCGAAAAACGUUUGAUGCUUGGCUGGAUGGAUACGGCAGUCCUCGACAGAUAUAUGGCGAAACGGGCAUCAACGGGUUUCAGCCCAUAGUUACGGAAUAUCUCCCCGAACUUCUAUGUCUUUCCAUACAGUGCCCCUUCGACGAUGUACGUGAAGCGCUAGCAGACAUUCUCGACGAUGUCAAGAAGCGAGGUCGAGGUCUGCAGGUGCCCCGUCGACUGGAGCAGGGUGCGAGCCACUUCAUCUCGGGAAAAGAGAUCGUGCCUGUCGACACACCCGAUGACAAGACGAGAACACUGUUUGUUGAUGCAUUCCUCCAGAACAAUCGCCUCGAGCACAUCACCCAGCUGAUGGGCUAUCAUCCCGACUACCUGGAAUGUUUUCUCCGCACACAGCAUUACCUGCUGAAGGAAGAUGGGCCCCUUCCUUUUGAAUACAGACAUUAUAUAGCAAUCAUGGCGGCUGGAAGGCAUCAAUGCUCGUACCUGAUCAAACUUCAAUCCCAUGAGUUCCUGCUACAAGGAGGAGACCCUGACUGGCUCAAGGGCCUUGAGAGGAUACCUCGCAAGCUCAAAGAUCUCAACGAAAUUAAUAAGAUACUAGCUCACAGGCCAUGGCUGAUUACCAAAGAUCACAUUGAGAAACUGACCCGUGGAAAGGACAGCUGGUCAGUUAGUGAGGUCGUACAUGCACUGGUAAUCAUGGCACAGUUUCAUGCACUGUCAAGCUUCGUCUUUGGUUGUGGGAUUAACCAGGAAGUGGAUCAAGAUGGAGGAUACACAUUCAGACCCCCAUCUGUCAGUGAUGCUAGCGAGGUGGACUACUCCAGUGACGGCUCGUCAAGUGGUGAAAAUUGUUCUGAGUUUGAGGGCGGUGGUUUGUCGGUGCUGAUGGAGAAGAUGCGAGCACUGACAGAGGCGAGAGAGGAGGAGAUGACGCAAGACGAACUAUUGAAACGUUUCCAACAUGUCGAGUCUCAGAAUGCAUUGAUCACAACAAACGCACAGCCACCUUCCCCGAAGUCUGACAUCCUGUGCUAUGUUGAUGAUACAACGUUCCAGUAUGAGGACUUCGCUAAGAGGGGCUCAGCAUCCGAGAUUCCAACGUUUCGAGCUCAGGACUAUUCCUGGGAAGAUCAAGGCUUCUCAUUGGCCAACCGGUUAUACACCGAUGUGGGCAACCUCCUUGAUGAGAAGUUCAAUGUGGCAUACAAUCUCACAUACUACACAAUGGGUGACAACACAUCGGUAGACACCACGGCAUUCCGGCGGACAAUCUGGAACUACAUCCACUGCAUGUACGGCAUCCGUCAUGACGACUACAACUACGGGGAAGUGAACCAGUUGUUGGAGAGAAACCUGAAGGCCUAUAUUAAAACAGUUACAUGCUACCCAGAACGACUCAAGAAGAAGGACUAUGAUGGCGUGAUGAGAGAGUUCAAACAUUCAGAAAAGGUGCAUGUUAAUCUGAUGUUGUUUGAGGCCAGGUUGCAGGCGGAAUUGUUGUACAGUCUUCGUGCAGUGAUGCGUCACAUGACGUGACACCGUGGAUACCAAUGUUGCAGGAUGCAAGUGUUGUGAUAGCCAAGCUGGGUGAUGUGAACUUGGCGAAAAAAACGGUGGUUCAUUAAUGGCCAUAGGUGCUGUCUGCCUCCUUGCCGCCCACGCCUGUUGGCCUACCUGUGGACCCUACUGUGGGAUUCACCUGGCUAGAGCGAGCAGCCUUGUGAAGGAAGGCCUGCCCUGGCUAUCUGUGAUAUUUUUUACUGUAGUAUGUAUAUCUGAGUAUGUGCUGCCAUGAUGAACCUGCAUUUCAGGAGGUCCGUGUGGAGCCGAGUGAACUGGUGAGCGAGUUGGUGAGUGAGUUGGUGAGUGAGCGAGUAUGGGUCAGUGGGUGACUGAAUGCUUGCCCCCAGAGCGGGGAUCUCCACACGUUAUUUUAUACCUGUCACCUUCUCCAUUCCGUGGUCAAGGUCGAUCUUGUCUUUCAUGGAGUGGUGCUCCUAGACUGUUGUAUGUGACACUAUGUACUUCCGACUCAUGAGUGACACUUGUGACGAACAUGUUUGCAAAUCCAAAGAUCUGCAGCAGCUCAGUUGCAGACAUGCACGUGAGUGCAUGCACAUGCAUUCCGACUGCUGCCACAGUGACUGUGCAUACUAUAUUCUAAUGUUGGCAUUAUUGGGUUCUAGUCAGUGAGACUACUACGAAACUGGGUUCCUAUUAUUACUUCACCUUCAUCGGCAUACACAGCCUGUAGAGGUCAGUGUCAUUCAUGGCGCAAAAUAAUAAAGCCAAACCAAUUUAUUUAAAUAUUGUGCAGGUAAACUUAAAAAAUUUUACAAUAUGCUCUUUGAUCAAAAUUGAAUUAAAUCUUUUCAAGAGUUUUUUUAAAAAUCAUCCCUGACCAGGUUUUUAGUUUAUUUUUUACUGCUGUCUAAUGACAUCAAGUCAUCUGUAAAACGUUAUAUUGAAUUGGUUUUACAAAAUUACAACACUUAGGAUCACAGAAUUUACAGAUGUUUUGGACAGACUUAUAACAAAGAGAAAAUUUACUUUAAUGCCUUUCAGAAAUGAAUUCAUUUCAAUCAGAUAUGAUUGCAAUGUUUGUAGAAUCUGAUUCAUAGUAAGGGCUGUUCAUCGUCCUGUUGCCCAUGAGGUUUCCAUGGUUACUUUGGAGGGGGCUUUGACCAACACAGACUGUGUGUGAGGUGGUUGUAUUAGGGGUAGUGUUUCAUUUAGAUACGUAGAUUUGCAUCCUUUUUCUACACCAAUACAUGUACAAAUUUCUGAUUUGUGAACUGAUCUUAUGUGACUUUACUAGCAUGGAUGGAAUGUAACCCGUAAGGUUUCUUGCCCAGAAAUCAUCCUGAAAAACAAAGGAUACCUUUAACAUAAACUCUGGUAACCAUGGUUACAGGACAAAGGUUGAUUCUAUCCAUCUAGGACUCUUUUCAUCAACUGCUGCACCAACAGUUAACACCACUGAUGUUAUUAGUCUAGAUAGUUCCACACUGCCAUCAAGUUCAAAAUCACUGGAAAUUUUUAUUCCUGCUGAUAAUGGUUGUUCCAAGAUUCCUCAAAAUGGUUUCAAUGAUGAACACUGAUUUCUCAGUUCAAGUACAAACAUAUUCCCUAUCUCCAAACCUUUAGAUUCUUUAUUCGAUUUCUAAACAAAUCAUCACUAACUCCAACUUGUUUGAUACACUUGACAUGUUUUUCCAAUGCAUUUGCAUAUUAUCCCAGUGAUUUUGACAAUUAUGGUAAUCAUGUGUUAUUUAAUGGCAUUCUUUACGGUAAUAUCAACACAGUUUUAUUACAAUGCCUGUUCUUACUUCCACGGUGAUGUGAAGACUUGUAUGCUGAUAACUCAAAUGUACAAGAAUGUGAAUUGUCUAUAGUAUUGUGAGGGCAGAGAACUAUUUUUUGAACUCUCUAUAAACUGUUACUAUGAAAAUGUUAAAACAUCUACAAGUUGUACAGAUUGUUAAACUUGAUUACAUGUAUGUUUGAUUUGAUGUACCUGGAUCUACCAGUCUGUUCCAUAGUCAUGUCAUGGAUGCAAUAUACCAUUUGCCUGUAACUUGUGUUAGGAUGCAAGGUACACUAUUGUAUCAUGAUACAUAUGAUACAAACACCACUUUGCAAGGGUUCUAUCCAUGUGCCAUGCACCUUAUCACAAAGCAGAUUCCUGGUUCAUUUACAUGCAGAAGUUACUUUGUUUUUAUUUUAUUUUAAUUUAAUUUCCAAUUGGUUUUUGGCAGGUGAAUUCUAUGUGACACAAACCCUCUAUUACUAAUCUGCUCUCCAAGUAACCCUCACUAAUACAACAAAUGUAAUCUGCCCGUUGUAAUCAGAUGCUUGUUGAUAGUCACCGUUUUAUUUUGUGUCCAUAUGGGCAUGUUACUCACAUUGCAAUCAUUCCAUGUGUGUAGACAUGUUGAUGUUGGUCUCGUGCCACUGAUCAGUAGAGUCAACAACAACAACAACAACAACCACCACCAUGCCCCUCCAGGCUUCAUCACGAGAUGAUGAAUUCAAAUAGUUCCCACCAUGUUUUUUUUGCCAUCGAACAUUAGCAAGCUACACUGAGAUUACUUCUCUAUCAUUAGUGCUAUAGCCAUGUCAUUUAAGCAUGCAAAGUACCCUACAAUCCAUCUGACAACGAGAUUAACCAUUCCUACGUUACUGUUGUAAUAUAUUGGAGGUAUUCAUUGUCAGAAUAGGUCAGGUUUUCUAUUGGUGCAAUUAUUAUGGUAUGUUUGUUCAAUAUUUAUCUGCUUGAUACCGUUUCCUGAUUGGUCAAGACAAUCAAGGGUUGAUGAGGAAAUCUGAUCAGGAAACAGUAGCAAGGCUUGACUUUGUGUGCUGAGACCAACCACUGUGCAUAGUUAUCUCAUCUGUAAGAUGUUUGGGAGGGUUCCGUAGUUAGGUGGUGCCACAAGACUUGAAAAUAUCUGGUAGGGUUUCAGUUUCGCGUACCAGAUGCCCAGUUCAAGGUGGUCAUUCCCCAGAAAUGGUUAUCUCAGCAUCCUCAGUGUUAAUGUCAUAGAUUAUUUUUGAAGUAGAACAAUAUCAAACUUUGUGAUAUAAAAAGGAUUAGACCGCAUUAGUUAUUUAUUUGAAAAUGCAAACAAUACUAGAGUGAAGUCCUGUAGAUUCAAUAGUCCUGUACUAGGUUGGAUCCAUUGUUACUAGUGUGAUGGCUUACAUCUAUAAGGAUGAGAUACCCAGAGAUGUCGGUCUCACGAAGCUGUGGUGUGAGUGCACCAGGAUUCAAUCAAGGUCUGAUAACCAUGUGAAACCUGAAUCUCUCAAUGAACCUCCUGUAGUGUUGAAACAAGAUGUCCAUUAUACACAGGUUGCUGGUUUCAAGAGGUUGUGAGCUGUGUAAAUGAACAGGACUCCUGGUUGGCCAGGGCCAUUCACGAAUCAGUCUUGGCCCGACAACUGUUGCACCGCCUAUUCUUUAGCAGAAACGUGUGAGAGAAUUGGAGUUUCGGUCACCAUGGCGCUAACAUCACUUUGUGGAAUUGCCCUAGACCUUGGAUAGGUGAUUUGAGUACUCUUUCCCACUGACUUUGACUUUAUUUAUUACUGGGUUGUUUACUGACAUACAGUAUUAUGUAACACGUGUUCGUACUACUCGUUAGUACAAGCUAAGGCGUACUCUGUACAGGCAUUGUUUUUAGCCCUUUCCUACGUUGUGAUAACAUGUUGCUUCAAAAUAAACAUCAAUCAAAUCAA